UUUCCGCAACAGCAGACGUCGAAGCAAACUCUCAGCAAACCGAAGAGGCGAUCAAACACUCGAUAAUGCCACAUUCCAAACUGAAGCUUCUAGUGGUUUGUGGAGUACUCCACCUGCUGAGCUUUGGCGCCACCGCCGAGGAUCAGCUUAAAAACAACACCAUAGUGGUACACACUCCCCUCCAGAACUACGAGCAGCCCACUCUCCGGGACUACGAGGAAUGCCAGACGAACAGGGACAACUGCAUCAAUGUUUGCGAUGGCCAACAGACGUGCGAGGACGAGUGUCCUGUGUGCCCGGAGCUGUACGACAAGCCCCUGAUGGUUCAGGGCAUAAACGACACAGACCUAGUGGCACCUCCCCAGACCCCUAUCAAUACGACCAACAUUAUUCGGCUGACCAAUGAAAUCAACAAUAUAAUCGAGCACCAGAUCCAAAAUCGCAACGAGGUCAAUGUACAGGUGCAGCAGAAUGUCUCGCAGGUGGGAGGACGCUUCGGACUGGGAUACACUGACAAGGGAUCCUGCUGCUACGUGGUGCGUUUGGAUCGGGAAUGUGAGAAGCAGGGUGGUCGCGACUGCAGAGAAAAAAACCGACAGCGGGUCUGUGGCGAAAAGUGUCAAGCCCGAGUUAUGUUGGCCAAGAGAGUGGUGCAAUGCGACGCCGAAGACUCCGACAAGUGCCACGAGACGCUCGAAUAUGUGCCCCGUCGGAGGAGAAACCACCACAGGAAGUCCACCGAAGCUGCACCCUGUCAAUACUUUGGCAGCAGUUGGCCCUAUUUCAGUUGCCAGCCAAAUCCAGGCCACAAUGGAGAUCUCGGCCAGCCGGUGAGGGUGAAACGCUCUACUUGCCAGCAGUGUCUCAAUUAUCCCUACGGAUACGUCCUGCAAAAUGGUCUGCCCGCUCAGUGUGCAGGCUGCUUCCAGGGAUACGGAGCUCCACUCAUGUAUAAUCCGCCUUGGAUGUACAAUCCCUAUGUGGCAUAUCCACCCUUUAACAAUUUCCCGGCCACAAACAACAAUAACUAUGGAAACAACGACGAAACCAAUGUAGACACCAAUGAAGAGCCCAACGCAGGUUCAGGUGAUGGAUGGAUUUUAUGUGACGACCUCGACAAAUGCCUGGGCGAGGAGGACUCCAAGGGCUCUCAGCAGGGGUCACCUGGACACCUGGAACAGUCACCAGUCGAUGAAGGGGACUGGGACGACUACAACGUUCCAGUCCAGCGAAGGAGACGCCGUCAAAGCCGCCGCCACUUCGUGAGAUCAGCUUACAGCAAACGCAAUCGCAAAAACCACUGAUCGAUGCCAGAUGAAGCCACAAACUCUUGAGAUUUUCUGCAAGCCCUUUGCUUCAGCAGCUAUAAGUAUUUUUCAGUAACCAAAACUACUACUAAACUCGCCAUUUCUGUACAUAUUUUACCGAAUAAAAGUGAUUUUGCA